GGACACUCUUUCAUGGGAAGAAAUAGACGAUUUGAUGCUCACAACCCGAGAGCGAAGGCUUUUGAAGGGCAACUUCAGCCUCGACGACAUAGAAUAUCGCAUAAGGCUCGAUCGUGAAACCGAGCUGCUGCGAUACCGCUCUCGCAACGGACUCCUCGAUGUGGACCACGUGGAAUCAACGCUGUUUCGACAGCAAUUCCGCUUCGAGAAAAGAGAUCUUAGUGAACUAGUUCGUGCAUUGCUGCUCCCUGAUAAGAUAUCUAGUGCGCAAAAAGUGACGGUGCCCGGACGGGACGCAUUGUGCCUUCUGCUCCGAAGGCUGGCCUACCCUAAUAGAUGGUGUGACCUGCAAGAAAUCUUUGGGCUGCACACGUCAGUAAUGUCAAGUGUGAGCUCGCAAGUGAUAAAACACAUUACGGCGACAUUUGGGCACUUGUUACAGGACAUGAACAACCACUCCUGGCUUUCUUCAGGCUGCCUCAGUGAUUUCGCAGAAGCUGUGAGAAUAAAAGGUGCGGCGCUACAGAACUGCUGGGCGUUUAUCGAUGGCACUGCUCGCCCGAUAUGCCGCCCAAAACGGAACCAGCAGGCCUACUUUUCGGGCCACAAAAGGGUACACUGUGUCAAAUAUCAGUCCUUAAUGUGCCCAAAUGGUAUUGUGUGCCAAUUAGAUGGGCACUACCCGGGACGGCGGCAUGAUGCAGGAAUCCUUCGGGACAGUGGCAUAUAUGCAAAGCUGGAGCGCCUUGUCAACGGGAAAGACUUCGUGAUAUAUGGCGACCCAGCCUAUCCGCUGCUUCCACUAAUCAUGAAGCCCUAUGGCGGGUUUGCACUAACACAUGCGCAGCAAUCCUUUAAUCAAGCCAUGAGCAGUGUCCGCCAAGCAGUGGAAUGGGGUUUUGGCAAAACUGUUGCUGAAUUUGCCUUUCUAGAUUUUAAGAAAAAUCAAAAACUGCUCCGACAACAAGUGGCUGAGAUGUAUAAAGCGGCAACAAUUCUCACUAACUGCCAUACUUGUAUGUACGGCAGCCAAGUUUGUAGAUAUUUUUCCGUAAGCCCGCCACGCCUGCAAGAGUACCUUAAGCCGCGUUGCGGCUUGCCGAGUUAAUUACCUGUACUGCAUUUCUUUCUAGGCUCUGCCAUAAGCAUUAACAGUGAUGGUGAAGUCUGCUGAUAUUUCGCAAAAU